AGAGUUUGAAUUUCCCUGACUGCCCGGCUAAGGGCGUCAAAACCCUGUGGAGGAGGAGCCAAGGGCGGUUGAAGGUGAGCUACCCAAAAAACGGGGUGUGGCCGGGCGAAAAGGCGGGCCCGGCGUAGUUUCGCGCCGGGUUCUGGAGGCCGGGAAGGGGCGGAGCCUGAUGGUGUUACAAUACAGGGGCGGGGCUUACUGGCCGACAUCCCGGCGGGAGCGAAGGGGCGUGGCCAGAUCGGAUGGUGGGGCGAGGUUAAGCAAAGGCGGGACUUCGAGGCUAGCAUGGGCGGGGCCUAGUGAUCUCAAAGGCGGCCUGGGUCGCUAGGGGCGAGUCAAGCGAAAAGGGUGGCCAGGCGUAGCGAGGGGAGGAGGCUUUGGGGGUCUUUCGUCACAUACGAGGCGGAGUCUCCUGCCGAUGGUGCGGGUGCUACGGUGGGGGGCAGGGAUUGGCGCCCUCUGGGCGGGCGCUGCGGCGAGGGGCGGGGUUAGCGCCGUCUGGGCGGACGCUGCGGCGAGGGGCGGGCACAGCGUACGCGCUCCAAGAUGGCGGUGGCCGCUGCCGGUGGGCCGGUGGCGAAUGUCUACCCGUUCCGCGAUGCCCGGGCCGCGCCAGACCCAGUGCUGGAGGCCGGCCCGGGGGCACACGGGCCACUGCCGGUGCCACUCGUGCUGGACAACGGGUCGUUCCAGGCCCGCGCCGGCUGGGCAUGCCCCGGGCCGGAUCCAGGCCCCGAGCCGCGCCUGCAGUUCCGCGCUGUGUGCGCCCGCGGGCGUGGCGGGGCUCGGGGCGGGGCGGGCCCGCAGGUGGGAAACGCGCUGGGCAGCCUGGAGCCGCUGCGCUGGAUGCUGCGCUCACCCUUCGACCGCAACGUACCGGUCAACCUGGAGCUGCAGGAGCUGCUGCUGGACUACAGCUUCCAGCACCUGGGUGUCUCCUCACAGGGCUGUGUUGAUCAUCCCAUAGUUUUGACCGAAGCUGUGUGCAACCCACUGUAUUCUCGGCAAAUGAUGUCUGAGCUUCUUUUUGAGUGCUAUGGGAUUCCUAAGGUUGCCUAUGGAAUAGACAGCCUUUUCAGCUUCUACCACAAUAAGCCAAAGAACUUGAUUUCCAGUGGGCUCAUCAUUUCCUCUGGAUACCAGUGUACACAUAUUUUACCCAUCUUAGAAGGGAGGUUAGAUGCUAAAAACUGCAAACGCAUCAAUCUGGGAGGAAGCCAAGCAGCUGGCUACCUCCAGCGCCUCCUGCAGCUGAAGUAUCCUGGGCACCUGGCAGCCAUCACUCUCAGCCGCAUGGAGGAGAUCCUGCAUGAACACAGCUACGUUGCUGACGAUUAUGUGGGCGAACUGCAGAAAUGGCGGUGCCCUGAUUAUUACGAAAACAACGUCCACAAGAUGCAGCUCCCGUUUUCCAGCAAGCUCCUCGGCAGCACUCUGGGCUCGGAGGAGAAGCAGGAACGGCGGCAGCAGCAGCUGCGGCGCCUGCAGGAGCUCAAUGCCCGCCGGCGGGAGGAGAAGCUGCAGCUGGACCAGGAGCGUCUGGACAGACUGCUCUACGUGCAGGAACUUCUAGAGGAUGGCCAGAUGGAUCAGUUUCACAAAGCUCUGGUGGAACUGAACAUGGACUCCCCGGAAGAGCUGCAGUCCUACAUCCAGAAGCUCAGCUCGGCGGUGGAGCAGGCAAAGCAGAAAAUCCUCCAAGCAGAAGUCACCCUCGAGGUGGAUGUGGUGGACAGCAAGCCAGAGAGUUGCAUGUGUGGUCUCGUGCCUAACGCAGACAGCAUGAACCCCCCACCCCCAACUCCGGGCCCGCCAGAAGGCUUCAGAGAGGAGAUGGGAGUUGUUGAGACCCCUGACCUGGAGCAGCUAGAGCCGUCUCUGGAAGAUGUGGAAAGCAUCAAUGAUUUUGAACCCUUGUUUUCAGAGGAAACCCCUGAAGUGGAGAAGCCAGUCACCACUGUCCAGCCCGUGUUUAACUUGGCAGCCUAUCAUCAGCUGUUUGUCGGGACAGAAAGAAUUCGAGCUCCAGAAAUUAUCUUCCAGCCGUCCCUCAUAGGGGAGGAGCAGGCUGGGGUAGCAGAGACCCUUCAGUACAUCCUGGACAGGUACUCAAAGGACGUUCAGGACCUGCUGGUUCAGAAUGUUUUCCUCACCGGUGGAAACAUGAUGUACCCUGGGAUGAAAGGUAGAAUCGAGAAGGAACUGUUGGAGAUGAGGCCCUUCCAGUCUGCUUUUAAGGUUCAGCUUGCUUCCAACCCUGUGCUGGAUGCCUGGUAUGGUGCUCGGGACUGGGCCUUGGACCACCUGGACGAUGAUGAAGUCUGGAUCACCAGGAAAGAGUAUGAAGAGAAGGGAGGAGAGUACCUCAAGGAGCACUGUGCAUCCAACAUCUACGUCCCCAUCCGCCUGCCCAAGCAGGCCUCACGCUUCUCAGAUGCUCAGGCCCCCACCAGAGGCUCGGGGGCCAGCGGAGGCAGUGCUGGGAGCCUCUAGCCCAUCCCUCUCAUGAGGCCGCCUCAGAACCCGUUGGCUCGUGCAGCUUACCAGGGGCGAUCGCCUGGAUCCGCAGCCCUCGGGGCUCAGGAACUCAAGAUCUGGAGCAGACAGCCGUGGUGGUGGAGACAGAAGAAGACUUGGGCCGACCCAGGGCCUCCCAGAGCCCGAGGACUGAGGAGAUGGUGAUAGGCAUGAGCUGUGAAGAAAGGAUAGUUGCCAAGAAGGUGAGGGAGGUUUUCAUAUCCUAUACCUGGGAAGAAGGACGCCAACUGCUAGUAGGCCUGGGGGUCUCUCUCCCAUAGUCAGUGGUUUCAACAGCCUGAGCGACAGUGGUGAGCUCAGCACGGCCACGGAGGCUGAGCCCUGCUGGGGAGGCCCCAGGUGGGCAGGUAAACCCAGACGUAGUUACGUAGCUGGGCCUGCUCAGGGUUUCCGUAGACUGGAACAGAGGAGAUGUAGGGCUGGGCAGGCCGAGGGGCUGAGCCUUGGGCUCUCUAGUUUCAUCACUCGCCCCUCACGUUAAGCCUGCCGUGACCUUCCACAGCCGCCUUAGGGGUUAUGGUGGCUCUCCCUCAGGGAGGCUGCUCCUCCCUCCCUUGCACAGACCCCCUGCAGAGCACUUACCACGUGCCUUGGGCUUUGUCUCUCCCCCAGGAUGGUCUCUAAACUAAAGUGUUCCCAAGAGUAGGAAGUGUUCCAUUCAGUGUGGAGUAUCCGCAGCGGAUUUUUAAUGGACGCCUAGAUCUGUGACCAGAGAAUAUUUGAGGGUAGUCUGUCCACUCUGUUGAGAGGAACAGAUCAAGAGUCCACACUGAGGACUUCCUCUCAGCCAUACUGAGGCAUCUGAUGGUCCCCUCUGACCCCACCAUGGUUUUUUCCUGGAGAGGUGGGCAUGACUGCAGCUGAAUGUUCUAGGGGCGGCUGUGAAGAAACAGACUCCUAUAAACCAGCUUAGGGCUCUUGUGCUCUUGUGGCAGGAGGAGAUAGCCUGGGGAAGGGACUGUCCUGGGUCUCUAGGACCCCCCAGCUCUGGAUUUGAGUUAGGGCAGCUCUCAAGGUUGGGUGACCACAAAGAGUGAUGGGGGCCCCCCCGUCUCUGGGUACCCCGGCUGCUGCCUGCUUACGCUGCCGCUGCCUCCUUGUGGCAUCUCUGGAAAUAAGCAGUUUUGUCAAAGGACCCAACAAAGAAGGUAAAAAGAAAGUGAAGCAAGAGUGCAGUAAGUUUUCAAAGAUGUGCAGAUGAGGCUAACCCAAGAAAUGGAGAAACCAGGUUCAUAUAAAUAUAAUACGCAAAGAUCAUUUUAUGCCUACCUAAGGGACUAAGUGAAUAAACUGACAUCUAUGAUUAUAAUAAGAACUUUGCCAUUAAGUCGUUCCAAGAAAAUUAGAAAAUGCUAGGAUGCGAGAGGAUUCAAAAGCUGUAGGCAGAGAUUCUGGCUGUGUACGAAGUACAUUCUCGUUUCCUCCCAGGCCCAUGGCUGCACUACAUUUCCCAGCCUCCUGUGCAGUUGUUCUCAUGGCCGUCUGAGUUCUGGUUGGUGGAAUAUGGGCAGAAGGACACCCAUCAUUUCCAGGGCUGGCUUUCUAAACCUCUCUUUCCUCCUUUCCCGAUCACUGGCUGAAUGGGGCGCCAUCUAAGGCUCAUGAGGAGUGCAGAGCCACGAAGUGGAGGGAACCAGGUCCCUAAGUGACUGCCUGGAACAGAGGCUCUGUAAAUUCCUCCCCCUGUGAGGAAGUAAACUCUCACUGUGUUAAGCUGCAGAGCUCUUAGGCCUUAUCUGUUAUAGCAACUAGCAUUUUUCCAACAAAAAUUUUAGGUUGCAAAUAAAAAUGUCAUUAACUCCGUAUUAAACAGGGAUUUGUUGGGAAAAAUAAAAAAUAGUAUGAAAUAAGGAGAAUAGCAUGAUAGUUAUUCCUUCAUUUAGGAAAUGGGAAUGAUCAUUUCUUUUACCCUGUAGGAGGAUUAAAUGAGAUAAUGAAUGGAAUCACCUAAGGAUUUGCACCAACCUAGCAGACUUCUGAUUUAAAAGAGCCCCUGCCCCCAACCUGCUACAAAGUUAGACAAUAACUAAACAAAAAGUUGUAAUGAUGGGGCGCCUGGGUGGCUCAGUUGGUUAAGCAACUGCCUUCGGCUCAGGUCAUGAUCCUGGAGUCCCAGGAUCGAGUCCCGCCUCGGGCUCCCUGCUGAGCAGGGAGUCUGCUGCUCCCUCUGACCCUCCCCCCUCUCAUGCUCUCUCUCUCUCGUUCUACCUCUCAAAUAAAAAAAAAAAAAAAAAAGUUGUAAUGCUGAACCUGACAGAGAACAUCAUAGCUGUCAUAGAAAAUCAUAGAAAUCAGAAAUGAAUACAAAAAAAAUCAAGGCCGGAGUGGUAACCACAAGUAGGCACUGAGGCAGACCGAGAUGAGCCCUAGGGGUGGACGGGGACUGCUAAGCCCCGGGAAGUCCCUCAGGUAGACUGACCUGCCCCUUGCUUUCCCUUUCUUUUCCCUUCUUUCCAUGAUGUCCUCUCCUUUAUUCUCCCUGUUUUGCUUAUGUCUGUGAGCAGCCACCAAGACCCAAGCACUCUUCCUUCUGCCCCUUGCCCAUCAGGGCUCCUUUUCCUUUCCUAGGCCCAGGGAGCCCUGUGGAAUCGUUAUUCCAGGGGCUUAGGAGGCAUUUCCUAUAGCACACAUUUUCACUGACCAAAAUCAUCAUGAGGUCAAGAGGAGUCUGUGCUAUAGGGAAAUUCGAGGUGAUACAGUGGGUUGAAUUGUGUUCCCCCAAAAUGACAUGUCCAUGUCGUAACCCAGUGA